ACCUAUAAAGCCUUGGGAAACCUUUUUGAGUCAAUCCACACAUCGGCGGGGCUUGGAAUCAGAAGCAGGAAUGAUGUUGAAGGUUCUGUGUAUUUCCGUCCUGCUGGUCGGAGUGGCCCAGAGCUCUCAUUUCCGGGGUGCUACCAUAUCAUGGAAAGCUGAACAAAACGUCGUCGACUUUACUUAUCGGAUUGGCUGGAGAAGGUCUUCGCAAUCAAGGUGUGACCAGAACUCCAUUGACAAUAGGGACCUGAUUUCUGGAGAAGGAACAUGGAGAUCAUCGGCUGGGAACAACCCGGCCUCGUACUACUGUACGGACUACAGUGUACAGGAGGACUGGCAACAGGGGGAAGGGUCAUUCAGUCUGACAUUUCCCGACGCUGGACCACAUGUUGUCAGACACUCCAGCUGUUGUUGGAUCACGGUGAGACGUCCGGACGGUUCCACUCACUCUCCUGACUGGAAUGUGGAGACCCAUGUAGAACUUGGGACCAGGUCAGACACCGGUAGGCCCAACUCAUCUCCCAUCACAGCAAGCUCACCCAUAUACAGGAUUCAAAACAACUGUGACACUACGAUCCGCAUCCCGUAUGAAGACCCUGACGGAGACCAGGUGAAGUGCAGGUACGCAUCUGUGUACGGGGAGUGUGGCGAAGCAUGCGAUCCACUGCCUUAUUCAACACUAGAUGAGGACAACUGCACCAUCACUUACGACACGUCACGAGGAAUCCUGCAGCCGGGAUGGUACGCGGUUUCACUCGUCCUUGAGGAUUACCCUACCAGCGGGGCCCAGCACCGUGUCAAGCGACAGUCCUGGUGGACAACACAACAACCAUGGUGGGGAUGGCCAACAGCAACGGAGACAACCACUGAAAGUACUACCUGGUACCCGUGGUGGAGAACCACUCGAGGAUGGAGGUGGUGGACCACGGAACCCAGCACAUCAGCGCCGGCUACGACUCCAGCGCCAACUACUGAAAGUACUACCUGGUACCCGUGGUGGAGAACCACUCGAGGAUGGAGGUGGUGGACCACGGAACCCAGCACAUCAGCGCCGGCUACGACUCCAGCGCCAACUACUGAAAGUACUACCUGGUACCCGUGGUGGAGAACCACUCGAGGAUGGAGGUGGUGGACCACGGAACCCAGCACAACAACUGCGACUUCAACUACGACUCCAGCGGCAACCACUGAAACUACUACCUGGUACCCGUGGUGGUGGACCACUCGAGGGUGGGGGUGGUGGACCACGGAACCAACUACAACAGCUCCGGCUACGACUCCAGAGCCAACCACUGAAGGUUCUACCUGGUACCCGUGGUGGAGAACAACUCGAGGAUGGGGAUGGUGGACCACGGAACCCAGUACAACAACUCCGGCUACAACUCCGGCAGCGCCAACCACUGAAAGUACAACCUGGCCCUGGUAUACCGUGUGGGGGACCACUCAACUAUGGGGAUGGUGGACCACUGAACAGAGUACAACAACUCCGGUAACGACUCCAGCGCCAACCACUGAAAGUACAACCUGGUACCCGUGGUGGAGGACCACUCGAGGAUGGGGAUGGUGGACCACUGGCUGGGGUACAGAUGCACCGACAUGGGCUACCCAGCCUGAAUUUCCAGUUUCCCACGGGACUCCCAUGAGCCGUAUUCCACUGCAGUUUCUGGUUUAUGUUUACACAGCCAACACCCAGUGCCAGGAGCAGCCCGAGUUGGUAGGGUCGUCACCACAGGACAACGAGUGUAUCGCCAUAGCAGACGGACAGACAUACAUCACUUCUAUUGAAGCAGAAAGUCGUACAUCCGGUGCUGCGAUCACUGAAAUCUUGACCGUGUCUCCACCGGGGUUGACCAAAUCACAAGUUCAGAUUGACCCAAACAAUCCUCAGCGGUCCCACGUCAACAUAACUUGGACACCUGCCCAGUCCCAGAGAGGACAACACAUCUUCUGCUUCCACGCAGAAGAUACAAACGGGUUGACUUCCGAGCAACGUUGUGUUACCCUUCUGGUUGGAGACACGUCUCCUGACGCGGUUCCUCAAACAUUGGCGCCUGUUGGAUUCAUUGAUGCCACGAACAGGACAGAAUGGACGAUUGAGUUCGAUACCGAGAUCCAACGACCUUCAUCUUCAAGGUAUAUCCGAUUCUACAACAGUAGCCAUGAUCAAAUCCACGUCAUCAACACUAGAACCUCCUCAGAUGUGUCAGUCAACAACCGAACCCUGACGUUCUGGACACCUCCGUACACAUUCGACACCGGUGACUUCUUCAUCCUCAUGGACCAGGGAGCUGUAGUGGGUCUGCACGGCUGUGCUAGAGAGGGGCCUGCGUUUCCGGGCAUCAGCGACAGAAGUGUGUGGACCUUCUCACACACUCUUACCUGUAACAGAGCCAUGGACCUAUUCUUCGUGCUGGACGGGUCCGGGAGUGUGAGCAGUGCAGAGUUCAGCCAGAUGAAGACGUUUGCUGCUAACGUGGUCAACACAUUUGACAUCAGUCCGACCACUACCAGGAUUGGCGCAGUGCAGUAUAGUGGUUCCCAAACUAUGCACUUCAACCUUGGAAAUCACGCAGACAAAUGGUCUACUAUCAACGCGAUCAACAACAUCGGGAAACGGGGAGGAGGUACACAGACUGGAGCAGCUAUACAAUUCACUCGGACGAAUGCUGCAUGGAGGGCUUCACCUGUUCCGAAAGUGAUGAUUGUGGUGACUGAUGGUCAGUCCGGAGACAAUGUCCAGACCCCGGCUCAGGCCCUCACGGCGGACGGUGUAUCCGUCUAUGCCAUCGGUGUGGGUAACUACGACAGGACUGAGCUGGAACAGAUUGCCAACGAUCCCGGAAACCCUGGCAAAGUGAUCGGGCUGAACGACUUCAACGCCCUGACACAGCAGAUUGACCAGAUUGCCGCUGUAGUCUGCCACGAUGAGUGCUUGUCUCAGCCCUGUCAAAAUGGAGGCCAUUGUAUCGACGGAGAUAAUCGCUACAGUUGUCAGUGUGCGCCUGGCUACACCGGGGUUAACUGUGAGACACUGGACGGGGCUACUUGCGAGGCCUGGGGAGACCCCCACUACACAACAUUUGACGGGCGGGUGCAUCACUUUCAAGGAUCGUGUGACUACGUGCUGGCUGAACACUGCGGUAACACCACAGACUUCAGGGUAGAGGUUACCAACGAGCCGUGCGGCAGCAGCUCCCGUGUGUCCUGUACCAGGACCGUGUACAUGGACGUGAAGGGGUACAGGAUUUCCAUCCUUCAGGGCAAGGAAGUUUUGGUCGAUGGAGUUCGCUACACACCACCGUUCAACCUAAAUGACACUGUCUGGGGAAGCUACAGCGGUAUGUUCGUACUACUGAAGACUGACACGUCCGUCAAAGUUUUCUACGACGGCUCCCAUUACGCAAAAGUGUUCGUGCCCGGGACCUACAGGAACCAAAUGUGCGGAUUGUGCGGGGAUUUUGACGGUUACCAGGGUAACGACUUCAUGACGUCAUACGGCUGGGUCACAGGGGAUCUAAACACAUUCGGGGAGAGCUGGGCCACGAGCUGGUCAAGCUGCACGGGUGGUGGAACCGACGACGGCCUGUCCACAUCAGCGCCUCCUGGUGUCUGCGAUAAUGUACUGCAGCAGACAGUGGCGGGUCCGGCCAUGUGCGGCAUCCUGACCGAACCUAACGGUACCUUCAGCGUCUGCGAGAACGUAAUUGACCUCGGCGUGUUCUACGAUUCCUGUGUGUUCGACGUCUGCGCUAACAGUGGAGACGCAGCACAGCUGUGCCAGAACCUGGAGUCUGCGGCCCAUGCCUGCACGUGGGCGGGGUUUCCUGGCCUGUCAUGGAGGAGACAAGACCUUUGUCCCUUGUCCUGUGGACCUAACAGCACGUACUCAGCCUGUACCAGCGCGUGUCCUAACACAUGCUCCAGUCUCAACGAGGAGGCUAACUGUGUGGACAUCUGUGUGGAGGGGUGUGAGUGUAACUCCGGGUUGGUACUGAGUGGAGACUCGUGCAUUCAUCCCGAUGAGUGUGGAUGUCAGCGCAACGGACGGUACUUUGAGGUUGAUGACGUCUGGGGUGAACCAGGGAAUCUUCAAUGUACAUGCCAAAGUCGGGGAAGCAUUUCCUGCACCAGCAUAGCCUGUGAAGACGAGUUCAAAUGGGCCGUGCACGACUAUGAUUACAGAUGCUACUGCCCUCAUCAGCACCAAUGUACAGCUCCAGAGAAGCCGUCUGAUCUGACUUUGGUGACCACAAGCGAAACGACUAUAGCGGUGUCAUGGUCACCCUCAUUAUUCACAGACGGUUACCGUGUCAACGCUACAGCACUAGAUGGGCAUCUCGUGGGUAGAGGUUAUGACUGGAACCAGGAACAAUGUACAGCAUCAACGUCUACUCCUACCGAGGGUCAAGGGUCAGCAACGGAGCUGCAAAUGGACAGUUCGCAACAGGUACAGCAACCCGAAAAUUAA